AUGAUUACUGAGCCCGAAUUAAAAAGCUACAUGGAUAAAAAGGUCUCUGUGCAAUUAAAUGGUUCCAGGAAAGUCAUUGGAAAAUUGCAAGGGUACGAUGUUUUUUCGAAUUUGACCUUGGUGGAAGCACUCGAGGAGAUGUCCAAUGGCGAGAAAUUGAAUAUUGGUACAACGGUGAUUAGAGGAAACUCGAUUCUUUCGAUUGAGACUUUAGACAAGAUAUAA